GUGUACAAGUUAUGCGUAGCAAGGAUUAAAUCACCCUAUUCACCUGUAAACAUCCUUAAACAGCCAAUCGAUAUACAUGUAUGAUCACGCCCACUUAAUUCAAAACAAACACACGUGUUUUCUGUAACUUUUAUGAAUAUAUUUGUCUACACAUUUUAGUGAAUAUCAACUGUAUAACCUAAAGCCUAUCCUAUGAUGCUAUGGAUUCCAAGUAUUUUUAAAUCGAAAAUGAAACUACUUUUCAAAAAAUUCUCUAGCCUGUAACUACGAAAUCUGUUGUGAGAGUAUAUAUUUCUUAAUGAAACUCACAAAUAUGAGUUAUGAGUUGUUACAAACCUCCAAAGUCUGACGGAUAAAUAAGACGUCCAACUUCGGAAAAAGGGGUCAAAACCAAUAGUGGUUUUUGUUCUGUUUGGUAUGAUGGCAGAAGAGACGGCAUCUAAAGACACCUAUUGGUUAAGUGAGACUCCAUCUCGUCGAAUGAAAUCAUGGCGGUCCCGAAGAUUCAAGCCUUUUGACAGGAAACGCAAUAUAAGUGAAAAUGAGGACAGCCACGACAGAAAUACGAAAUGUCCACCAGCCCCCUCCCUAUCAGUUUCAAGUAUCAAAGCCGACGCAACAUUGAAUUUCAACAUGGAGGAUAAUGAUACUGAAGAUGUAAGAUGGUAUAUUGGAAGAAGACGAAGAAACACUGAGAUGAAACAUCUUGCAUAUACAAUGAAUAGUUCCCCGUGUCGAUUUCCUCUAUAUAUGGCAGAUAUAUUUAGUAAAACUAAGGACGGACAGAGCAGUGCAUCUAGGUGUCGGUGUUGUAUUUACUUAAAAGAAAAUAAAGAGCCUGAGGUUGAAGUGUUUGAUCUGGUGGGAGUACAAACAGACUCAAUCAAGCCAGAAGAUAAAGAUAUCAGGAGACCUAGAGGGGUCCAAAAAAAUUAUUAUGGCGAACUAAAGACCGAGGAGACAGGGUUAUUAAAGACAUUCCAAACUGAUUAUAACAAACUAAAGACUGAGGAGACAGAAAAAUCAAAGAAAUUAAAGGAACUACAAACUAAUUAUGACAAACUAAAGACCGAGGAGACAGAGAAAUUUAAGAAACUACAGGCUGAUUUUGACAAACUAAAGAUCAAGGAAACAGAGAAAGUAAAGAAACGACAGGCUGAUAUUGACAAACUAAAGACCGAGGAAACAGAGAAAUCAAAGAAAUUAAAGAAAUUACAUACUAAUCAUGAAAAACUAGAGACUGAGGAGACAGGGAUAUUAAAGAUAUUACAAACUGAUUAUGACAAACUAAAGACUGAGGAGACAGAAAAAUCAAAGAAAUUAAAUAAACUACAAACUGAUUAUGACAAACUAAAGACUGAGGAAACAGAGAAAUUAAAGAAACUACAUACUGAUCAUGACAAACUAAAGACUGAGGAGACAGGGAUAUUAAAGAUAUUACAAACUGAUUAUGACAAACUAAAGACCGAGGAGACAGAAAAAUCAAAGAAAUUAAAGAAACUACAAACUGAUUAUGACAAACUAAAGACUGAGGAGACAGAGAAAUUUAAGAAACCACAGGCUGAUUUUGACAAACUAAAGACCAAGGAAACAGAGAAAUCAAAGAAACUACAGGAGCUGUCCCUGCAGAUAAAUUACCGCGAGCAAGCUAAACAGGAUCUAAAGGGGCUGGAGGAAAAUGUGCUUGUGAGGGAUAAUGCUGACCUGCGGAGUGAACUUCCUAAGCUGAAGAAAAGACUGCGAGCCACAAUGGAGAGAAUAAAAUCCCUGGAGACAGCGCUAAAGGAGGCCAAGGAGGGUGCCAUGAGAAACAGGAAGAGAUACCAACAUGAGGUGGACAGGAUUAAGGAAGCUGUCCGACAGAAGAAUCUCGCCAGGCGGGGCCAUGCCGCUCAUGCACAGAUUGCAAAACCCAUCAGGGCUGGACGUGCUCCUGCAGCAUCCCCGGAAACCACAGGGAUUCGUGGGGGAGGAGGGGGCGUUAAUGGCCCCGCCCCCAUCAAAUCAAAGAUGGGGACCGAGUCACAGGCUUAAUGGAGUUGUCAGUAGUGUUGAGCUAGCUAGCCUUGAGAGGAUGUUCUUUGUAUUUCAUUACAAGAAUCACUUUGCAACCACUAUUGAAAUACAACUACUAUCGAAGUAAUUAUUUCAAUAGAAGUUAGGGAUGCAUUUCAUUAUAAGAAUCACUUUACAGACACUUUUGAAAACUAAUGUUUGAUUUAUUUUUUAAUCGUAGACGAGAAUGAAUUUUUUAUAAAUAUGACUUUGUAAUCACUAUUGUUACACAUUUGGAAAGAAAAAAGUUGUACAUCAUUUUUGCAAACUAAUUUGAAAUGCAAGAAAAACUUUAUCUCGCAAAUAAUUUCAAGUACACAAUGAAGGUGUUAUAGACUUGCAUAUUUUAUGGUAUUAAUAACAGAGACUAAAAAAUAUAUGGUAUAAUACUACGAUUUUCACGGGUGUGCAGAAAUAAAUAACCAAUUCUCGGAGAUUAACAUGCAUAUAAUUUUUUUUUUCUAACGAAAAAUUUCAAAUUCACAAUAAAGGUUCUAAAGACUUAUAUUUUUGGUAAUAAUAAUCGAGACUAUAAAUUUAACGUACAUAUCUUAGGAUUUUCACUGUUGUGCAGAUAUAAAAUUGUUUUUAUAUUCUUUUCUUUACCUAUUUCUUUCUUUAGAUAUAUCAUGUUCUAUGAAAAUUGUAAAUUAUUUGUACAAGAAUGAACACAUUAGAUAUUGUCACAACUUCUAUUCAAACACCCUGUACUUUGAAAAAUCAUUUAUAGACCACUAUUGAAAUAAAUUACUUCAAUAGUAGUUGGUUAUAAAGUUUAUUAUGAGAAAUAAUUCGUAACCACUAUUGAAAUACAAACACCAUUUAAAACAUUUUAUAAUAUAUAUCAUUAUAAUUAUUUUUAUUGAAAUAUGUUAUCGUAAUGGUGGUUAAAGAUGUAUUUCAUUAUAAGAAUAACUGCUGUGUUUGGAAUAAAUUUCAUUUUACAUAUCACAUUUAUGAUAAA